AUUUCGCAGAUCUCGGCCGCCCACCAUCCAUGGCGUUCGCCGACAACUCCAGCUCCCCGCGGCGGCAGCAGCAGCCGCCGCUGAUCCCCAGCUUCCUCUACGCCGCCUCCUCCUCCUCCUCCUCCAAGUCGCUGUACCUGGAGAAGAUGCUCGGCUCCUCCGGGCCCCGGUCCUCCCCCGCCGCGGCGGCGGCGGCGGCGGAUCGGAGCGGAUUCCUGGUCCCGUCGCCCAAGGAGCCGUCGAGGAAGAUGGAGAUGUACUCGCCCGAGUUCUACGCCGCCUGCACCUUCGGGGGGAUCCUCAGCUGCGGCCUCACCCACAUGUCCGUCACCCCGCUCGACCUCGUCAAGUGCAAUAUGCAGAUCGACCCUGCAAAGUACAAGAGCAUUUCAUCUGGUUUUGGAGUUCUAUUGAAAGAGCAGGGCGUCAGAGGUUUUUUCAGGGGCUGGGUACCCACUCUGCUUGGUUACAGUGCCCAAGGUGCCUGCAAGUUUGGCUUCUACGAGUACUUCAAGAAAUAUUACUCUGACAUUGCUGGGCCUGAGUAUGCAACCAAGUACAAGACAUUGAUCUACCUAGCGGGUUCUGCAUCUGCUGAGGUCAUAGCCGAUAUUGCCCUUUGCCCCUUCGAAGCAGUGAAGGUCAGAGUGCAAACACAGCCUGGAUUUGCAAGAGGUCUGUCGGAUGGAUUACCCAAGUUUGUAAGAUCUGAAGGCGCUCUAGGGUUAUACAAGGGCAUUGUUCCUCUCUGGGGUCGUCAAAUACCAUAUACGAUGAUGAAGUUUGCAUCUUUUGAGACCAUCGUUGAGAUGAUCUACAAAUAUGCCAUUCCCCAACCAAAAGAUCAGUGCAGUAAAGGUUUGCAGCUCGGGAUCAGUUUUGCUGGUGGUUAUGUGGCAGGUGUUUUCUGUGCUAUCGUGUCUCAUCCUGCUGACAAUCUUGUCUCUUUCCUCAACAACGCAAAGGGAGCAACCGUCGGUGAUGCUGUGAAGCAAAUGGGUCUGGUGGGUCUCUUCACCCGUGGUCUUCCUCUCCGUAUAGUCAUGAUCGGUACACUUACUGGAGCCCAAUGGGGUAUCUACGACGCAUUCAAAGUUUUUGUGGGACUGCCAACGACGGGUGGUGUCACUCCGGCUGCUGCCCCCGCUGCUGAGCUUGCCAAGGUUUAGAAUGUCUUAGUGACCAAGGGGAUUGGCAUUUGUCUCCGACAUGAAGACUUAUCUGCAAUGGGAAGUAAUAAUAGUAGAUUUGCUGGAGCUGGUUCAAUGGCUCUCGAAGUGAUUUGACUAUUCUUUCAUAUUCGGAACUCAAGUGUUCAAUUUUUUACAUGACUGAUUUUUGUUCUGGGAAGGAUGGCUAGGUCCUGUCCUUCGGAUCUAUUAAAAUCUUUUUGUAGUUAGGUCCUAUGUUCUAAAUUCGGUCGAAACUAAGGUUUUGAAUCCCCCCCGUUAAGGGUGACAGAGGCAUGAAAUUAAAUAAACAGACAGUUUGGGGGCCAUAGCA